CCCAAAAGUGUUCUCUAGUGGAAACCGUUGGUAACAUGUGAAUUUGAAUGAUUUUGUUUAUUUUUAAAUCGAAUUACAAAUUGUAGUUAACUAAUAAUUAAUAAUUGCCUUUGCCUUACAUUUAGUUUAUCCGUUUACUUUAAUAUUGUUUAAUUUAUGUGCUCUUGCGGAAAUAUUUCUUAAAUUUAUCAUGGAAGGCACGGCAAUCAAAACUGGUGACGGUAAAAGUGGACCCGCUUUACCAAGGAAAAAGGAGUCAAUCGUUGAUCUGUCUAAAUUCAUGAAUAAACCUAUGAGAGUUAAAUUUCAAGGAGGCCGGGAAGCUAUUGGUAUAUUGAAAGGCUUUGAUCCUCUACUUAAUCUAGUUCUGGACAACACUAAAGAAUUUUUAAGAGAUCCAGAGGAUCCUCUAAAAAUCACGGAAAACACUAGGGAACUUGGAUUAAUUGUUUGCAAAGGUCCAUCUGUAGUUGUCAUUUGUCCAGUUGAUGGAAUGGAACAAAUACCAAAUCCAUUCAUUUCAAACUGAUCAAUAUACUAAUGAUCAUAUUCCUCAACAGUUAGGUAAAAUUUCAUUUAAAAUUCAAUCGUUGUUUCCAGUUGAAUUAGUUGUCAAUCUUAAAUUUUACAAAAUUUUCUGUUAAAAGUAUGAGCUAAGUACAAGUUUUGUUCAAUUUGAAUUUUCUACUAAAAAUUUUAAUAUUUUCUUAAAUUUACGCUGAUGACUCGAAAACUGUUCAUACUUUUUAUAUCCUUAAUAAAAAGCUAUAAAUCUUACAAACAGUCUAAA